CACACAAUAAAGAAGCGUCACAAGUUCUCCCCACAAGAUAAGAUUUAUCUAGAAGAGCAAUUUUCUGUUAAUCCUUAUCCUUCAACUGAGGAUCGAGCACAAAUCGCUCAGCGCUUGGGUAUCUCGGAAAAAAUGAAUCAAACUUGGUUUAAUAAUGCAAGACAACGACAA